AAAGCACAGGGGAGAGAGCCUUCCCGCCGCUUGCACCAUCUGCCGGUGAUUGUUAUCGAGCAAUACGACUCCAAGGGACGGCCAAGUACUCUAAGGCCUUCCAUUAAAGCAAUUGCACGUCUUCAUCUGACCUACUAGGAGUGUCUUGAGUGCCUUUAUUCACCGUCUAUGCUUAGUGUGCAUUCUGAAGAAGCAUUGUGGCCCAAACUCCAAGUCGCUUUGAUGAGAAAUACCCGCCCAGAAAAGGAGCUCCCGAUGGGCGGUGAAGGUAUGGCUUCCCAAGGAUAACAUUUCUCUAGACUGGAGGCCUUGAGCACUGGCUAUGGGCUCACGCGCGCCUAUAAAAUAUCUGCGGCGGUGUCCCGGCCAGCACUUGAUCUUCUCAACCGCUAACAUGAAAUUCGUGAUCCUCGCCUGCGUGGUCGCCGUGGCCGUCGCCGCCCCCCAGUACGCCUACGAGACCCCCGCCCCGACCUACCUCAUCCCCGCCGCCUCCAGCCGCGAUGAGUCCGCUGAGGUGAUCGAAUUCAUUCCUAUCCUGAGAGACGAUCGCGUCCACGAGGACGACGGAAGGUACAACCUGGACGUGGAGACUGCCAACGGAAUCUCCAUGUCCCAGUCCGGCUCUCCUGACGGUCCCGACGGCGCCAUCGUCAAGGCAGGCCAAUACUCGUACACUGCCCCAGACGGCACGUUAGUUGAAGUCAAGUUCGUCGCCAACGAGAACGGCUUCCAGCCCCAAUCUGACAUCCUUCCUGUGGCUCCCGAGUUCCCCCACCCGAUCCCUCAGUUCGUCCUCGACCAGAUCGCCUUCGCCGCCGAGGAGGACGCUGCCCGUGAACGUGCUGAGGCUGCUGAGGUUAAGGCUGCUGCCUCUGUGAAUGUCCCUUCACAGAUCUACGGAAAACCCCAGUGAAAACAGCGACCCUCAGGAGGACCACUGGGAACUGUGACCUCCGUACGGUGAACUGCCGCACCGUAAUCUCCGGCGGAGCAGACAGGAAAGAGAGAGAAAACACUACGGUAUGAAUCGACGAGAACAUCAAAAUCCAUCGCUGGAUUUUGAAUGUCUGCCGUAUAUUGAGAGAGGCAGUGACAAAAAUAGGAAUUAAAGGAAGACCAAAACCCUGGAGAGAACAUCCAUUUAUGACACCAAUUGGUAUAUAAUAUUACAUAAUAAUAGUAUAAGUGAACAACGCCAAUUACAGGGCGGUAACAGUUACUCUUCUGAAAAAGACGCGUGGUACGGGGUCCACAACAACGGGUUCUGCUGAAAGAAAAAUGGCUUUGCGAGAGCGCUUUUAAAGACUCUACGCUCUGAUUAAGCGUUAAUCAUAUAUAUAUAUAUAUAUAUAUAUAUAUAUAUAUAUAUAUAUAUAUAUGUAUGUAUAUAUAUAUACAUUACAUCGUAGAAUAUGUUAAAUAGCUGACAGGUAUAAAAUAAAAUCAUAACAAUUAAAUAUAAAUGAUCAGGGCGCCAUAGUUCCGUUCACAACGAUACGAUCAAUUGUGUCGAAAAUAUGCAUAGAAAAGUUAAAUGUAUGAAGAUGAAUCAGACGUUACUUAUGUUUGCGUCUGUUUAUUUAUCGAAAUAAAGUUUCAUAAAUGUAUACAUGUUAUAUAGCCUUCACCGCCGAUAUUGCCAUAAAUAGUAAAUGAUGCUGCACCGCAAUGUCCGCCGCGGACUCUGUGCCUGUCAUCGCUAUAACACGUGUAAAACAAAAUUACGUUUUUUAUAACAAGCAACCUAGCGACCGUUGCCAUAAUCAACCUCAAAUAAGAAUGGAAAUAACCCAGUUUAUAAAUUGACAAUAUGCAAUUUCGAGGUUUGCUUGUCUUGGCUAAACGCCAACUGCUUCCAAGGCCGUGGCGCCACGGUAGCUUGAUGCCAAGCAAUUUAGUAAAACACAAAUAGGGAUCAUAGUAUACCAAACUACGAUAAAUUUUACCCCCGAGUUGGUCGCGCUGUAUCGUCAUGCCA